CAUCACCAACUACACAGCAGAGAUGAGGAUGAGGAUAUUAUACAGCAUAAUACUGCUAGCAGCUCUUUUGCUAGUCAACGCAGACGACUCUGCAAUCCCCGACGAACAGCUGCAGCAGUACCUAACCGACCAGCUGGCCGCGCGCCCGGCCUCGAACCACACAAACAACUGGGCCGUUCUCGUCUCAACCUCGCGGUUCUGGUUCAACUACAGACACCUGGCGAACGUGCUGAGCAUGUACCGCACCGUCAAGCGGCUCGGCAUCCCGGACUCGCAAAUCAUCCUCAUGCUCGCCGACGACGUGGCCUGCAACCCGCGCAACGCGUUCCCCGGCACCGUCUACAACAACGCCGACCGCGCGCUCGACCUCUACUCCAACAACAUCGAGGUCGACUACCGCGGCUACGAGGUCACUGUCGAGGCCUUUGUCCGGGUGCUGACCGACAAAGUCGAUCCGGCAGUCACCCCUCGCUCGAAGCGCCUGCUCACGGACGAAAACUCAAACAUCUUCAUCUACAUGACCGGCCACGGCGGCAACGAGUUCCUCAAGUUCCAGGACGCAGAGGAGAUCUCGGCCUUUGACAUUGCCGACGCGAUCGCGCAGAUGUGGGAGACAAAGCGGUAUAAAGAGAUCUUCUUCAUGAUCGACACAUGCCAGGCAAACACCAUGUACAGCAAAUUCUACUCGCCCAACGUCGUCGCCGUCGGCUCGUCCGAGCUCGACGAGUCCUCGUACUCGCACCACGCAGACUCGGACGUCGGCGUCGCCGUCAUCGACCGGUUCACGUACUAUAAUCUUGAGUUUUUGGAAAAGGUCGAGAAGGGGUCCACGCUCACGCUGCAGGACCUCUUUGAUUCUUAUGAUCCGGCAGAGAUCCAUUCGCACGCGGGCUUGCGGUCUGAUCUCUAUCGAAGGAAUCUCUCACAAGUUCCCAUCACUGACUUUUUCGGCAACGCUCAGGCCAUCGAGAUCGACGAGGAUGAGGAGGAGGAGGAGGAGUAAUUGCAUACAGGCGCAUAGUUUAAUUGUAUAUUAUGUA